CAAGCCAUGAACUGACGCACUACUAAUAUGAAUUGAAAAUCUUGAGCUAAGGCACUCAAGGUCGCCUGAACAAAACGGCGGUGAUUAAUCCUUACAUCCAUCGAGGUGUUGACGUGGAGUGGAGUUUUUCCAUUAUGAACUUCUGGGCACCAAGAUUUCAUUGAUUUAUUUCUUAAUCCUGACUAAGUGAUGUGGUCUCUGGGAGAUGUUUGCAUCUAUCAGCGUGAAGACAAAGUUUAUGAUUUAUUUAUUAUUGAGGAAAUCAAUUUGAAAAACUCACUUGUCACUGUUCGUUCGAACAGUUACACAACUUCGUGUUAUUCCAGUGAUUUGCUAAAAAUAACACCAGAAAACGUUGAUUUAUUAUGUAAAAAUGAUCACAUUACGUCAACUCUAGAUUCAGUUAAUUACUCGUAUUUUGCUAUAAAACUUAACUCUUUAUUAAAUCUUCCACCCUCUACGAAUACAAUUAUCUUGAAAACUGAAAAACAGAAAAAUCCUGUCCAAUUAUGGAACAAUGGAGAUAUAUGCAUUUGCACAUGGAGUGAAGAUGAAGCCUAUUACUAUGCUAAAAUAUUAACAACUGAUUAUGAAAAUGAUAUUUUCACAGUAUCAUUUUGUUUUUAUGAGAAUGUUGAACAGAAAUCCUCUAAAGAUCUGUAUAAUAUUAAUUCUGAAUUUGAGGUGUACGUGACAGACAUUAUGAAUAAGUCAUCUGCACUUUCAGUGAAGGAAAAGAUCAGUGAUCAAUGUGAACUCGAGGAAGAUAAUGAUAAUAAACUAGAAACAUGCGAAUCCUCUGUCCAAGAUGCGGACAUAAACGAAUUGAAUGAAAUUACUUCUCAUUUGCACAAAACUUCACUUAAUCCACUUAUUCCUCGUUAUAAAAAACAGGAAUCAGAAACUAAAAAUUCGUGUAAACCUGGACUUAAUGAAUUUUCGGUUGAGAAUAUCUCCCAGCCCAUAAAACAGAAUCAAUCAUUAGAUUUUUCAAAUAUACAACACGUCAGUGAAUUACAGUUACAUCCAUUAUUGCUGAGUUGGUUUAUUUGUGGUUACCAAACUGGGUUUUACGAAGGGUCUCUCAUGUACCACGGGGACGACAGUUAACUCUCAUAGUGAAGUGUAACUGGUGUACAUAUUGUACAGUAUUCGUGGUUUUUGUUGGUUAAAACAUGUUUACUUUCACUUCAUGAAUAAAAUGGUUUAAUUCAUCAGUUUAAAGAAUUUCAAGUGGUCAGUUUUGUUUCGUUCAAGCUGUGCUUAUAACUUGACAAUGGAAAACAAGUCUAUGUAUUGUGAUACAAUUUUACUCUGAGUGUCUUCUCACCUCUUUUCCUAUAAAUUUUUGCGUAGUUAUUGA